AUGGGUCCCUUUGAAACCCCCGGCGUUUCUCGACUCUUAGGCAUUUUGGGAGCCACUUUCCUUCCUUGUGGAUAUGCCUUUGUGAACAGCCAGGAAUGGACGUUAAGUCGGUCGGUCCCAGAGCUCAAAGUGGGCAUCGUGGGCAACUUGGCCAGCGGCAAGUCGGCUCUGGUGCACCGCUACCUGACCGGCACCUACGUCCAGGAGGAGUCCCCCGAAGGUGGCCGCUUCAAGAAGGAGAUCGUUGUUGACGGGCAGAGCUACCUGCUGCUGAUUAGAGAUGAAGGGGGCCCCCCAGAGGCCCAGUUUGCCAUGUGGGUGGACGCUGUUAUAUUUGUCUUCAGCCUGGAGGAUGAGAUCAGCUUCCAGACCGUCUACCACUACUACAGCCGGAUGGCCAACUACCGGAACACGAGCGAGAUCCCGCUGGUGCUGGUGGGCACCCAGGAUGCCAUAAGUUCCACCAACCCGCGGGUCAUCGACGACUCCAGGGCGCGGAAGCUGUCCAGCGACCUGAAGCGGUGCACCUACUAUGAGACGUGCGCCACCUACGGCCUGAACGUGGAGAGGGUCUUUCAGGACGUGGCCCAGAAGAUCGUCGCCACGAGGAAGAAGCAGCAGCUGUCCAUCGGGCCCUGCAAGGGGUGGCCUCAGGUCCCUGGAGGGUGUCCUUAGCCAAACCCUGGUUCUGAAUCCUUCCAGACGAGCAACGGAGGCGGGAGCCUGAGCGACUACUCGUCCUCCGUCCCCUCGACGCCCAGCACCAGCCAGAAGGAGCUGCGCAUCGAUGUCCCCCCCACGGCCAACACCCCCACGCCCGUCCGCAAGCAGUCCAAGCGCCGGUCCAACCUUUUCACCUCUCGGAAAGGGAGCGACCCCGACAAAGAGAAGAAGGGCCUGGAGAGUCGCGCGGACAGCAUCGGGAGCGGGCGAGCCAUCCCAAUUAAACAGGGCAUGCUGCUGAAGCGGAGUGGCAAAUCCUUGAACAAAGAGUGGAAAAAGAAGUAUGUCACCCUGUGCGACAACGGUGUGCUCACCUACCACCCCAGCCUGCAUGAUUACAUGCAGAACGUCCACGGCAAAGAGAUCGACCUUCUGAGAACCACCGUGAAGGUCCCCGGGAAGAGGCCCCCCCGCGCCACGUCGGCCUGUGCGCCCAUCUCCAGCCCCAAAACCAAUGGCCUGUCCAAGGACAUGAGCAGUUUACACAUCUCUCCAAAUUCAGGGAGUGUCACUAGUGCGCCUGGGUCUCAGAUGGCCAGCGGCACCAGCCUGGGCUCCUUCAGCCGACCGGACGGCAUGCAGCAGCGGUCCUACUCGGUCUCCAGUGCCGACCAGUGGAGCGAGGCGACGGUCAUUGCAAACUCGGCCAUCAGUAGCGACACGGGGCUGGGCGACUCCGUGUGCUCCAGCCCCAGCAUGUCGAGCACCGCCAGCCCCAAGCUGGACCCGCCGCCGUCCCCGCACGCCAACAGGAAGAAGCACCGGCGGAAGAAGAGCGCCAGCAACUUCAAGGCCGACGGGCUGUCGGGCACCGCGGAAGAGCAAGAAGAAAACUUCGAAUUCAUCAUCGUGUCCCUCACCGGCCAGACGUGGCACUUCGAGGCCACCACGUAUGAAGAGAGAGAUGCAUGGGUCCAAGCCAUCGAGAGCCAGAUCCUGGCCAGCUUGCAGUCCUGUGAGAGCAGCAAGAACAAGUCCCGGCUGACCAGCCAGAGCGAGGCCAUGGCCUUGCAGUCGAUACGGAACAUCCGAGGGAAUUCGCACUGUGUGGACUGCGAGACCCAGAAUCCCAACUGGGCCAGUCUGAACCUGGGGGCCCUCAUGUGCAUCGAGUGCUCAGGGAUCCACCGGAACCUCGGCACCCACCUUUCUCGAGUCCGAUCGCUGGACCUGGACGACUGGCCAAUCGAGCUCAUCAAGGUGAUGUCGUCCAUCGGGAACGAGCUGGCCAACAGCGUCUGGGAAGAGAGCAGCCAGGGCCGGACGAAGCCCUCGCUGGACUCCACGAGGGAGGAGAAGGAACGGUGGAUCCGGGCCAAGUACGAGCAGAAGCUCUUCCUGGCACCGCUGCCCUGCACCGAGCUGUCCCUGGGCCAGCACCUGCUGCGGGCCACCGCCGACGAGGACCUGCGGGCGGUCAUCCUGCUGCUGGCCCACGGCUCCCGGGACGAGGUCAACGAGACCUGCGGGGAAGGCGACGGCCGCACAGCUCUGCACCUGGCCUGCCGCAAGGGGAACGUGGUCCUGGCGCAGCUCCUGAUCUGGUACGGGGUGGACGUCAUGGCCCGCGACGCGCACGGGAACACGGCGCUGGCCUACGCGCAGCAGGCCUCCAGCCAGGAGUGCGUGGAGGUGCUGCUGCAAUACGGCUGCCCCGACGAGCGCUUCGUGCUCAUGGCCACCCCCAACCUGUCCCGGAAGAGCAACAGCCGGAGCAGCGGCAGCGGGCGGGUGCCCACCAUCAUCUGAGGGCCGCCGCGCCCCUGCCCGCCGCCCC